ACUGCGCAUAUGCAUAUAAGAUCUGAUCCAGGAACACCCUACCUCAAAGCUUGUUAGCUGCACAAACAAGACACUCCACAAAUCCCAAAGUUGAAUAGAGGCUGAACCAAGUUGCAACUUACAAGUCAUCUGUGUUCCUCCCAACCUUGAUAUGUACAAUAUAAUUUCUUAACUCCAAAUCACAUUUAUUGUUUAUUAUAAAUCUGAUUGGUUGAGAAUAUGAGAACACUGAUGUUCCGCUAAAGUAUGAACCGCUUCCAUAUAAGAUCCAGGUCAAGCUUAACCUUCAGCUAUAGUUACAUGAUAAAUUAGUAACCUCUGCUAGUCUAAUUUUAGUGCCAACCACCUGUUUGUAGAAUUGCCCCACAGGGAAAAAGAGCUCUUUAGGAAAAUAGGUUGCUACUAUACCAUUCCACUAGGUUGUAUCUUAUAGCAAAUAGGAGCAUGAGUUUGAUGCUUCAUCACGUAUCAAUGUUGCCACAUGAGGCUGUAUCUUGUAAACUGAGGCUUGCUGGAGCAUUAGCAAGAUCUCAUUCCUUUUCUGCAUCUUGUUCUGUCACCAAUAGAGCAAUCCAUUGCACCCCGAAAAGGUGGAGCUGCAGUGGCAGUUGUAUUGGAGUUAGUAUUAGUAGUAGUAGUAGAUGCAACUACCAAGGGAAAAGGCUUGUUAGAAGCUGCUCCACCACCAGUGACUUUGUAAUUGCCGGUGACGGAAGUUAUGGCAACAAGCAGGUUGUUAGUCUCACUCCGCGCUUGUAUGACUAUGUGCUAAAAAAUGUUAGAGAACCUGAGAUUUUAAGGCAACUGCGCGAGGAGACAGCCUCUAUGCGUGGAAGUCAGAUGCAGGUAUCUCCUGAUCAGGCACAAUUACUUGCAAUGCUUGUGCAGACUCUUGGAGCCGAACGGUGCAUUGAAGUCGGUGUUUAUACUGGCUACUCAUCACUGGCCAUAGCAUUAAUCUUGCAAGAAUCAGGUCGUUUGGUUGCAUGUGAAAGAGAUGCCAAAUCUCUUGAUAUUGCCAAGAAGUACUAUCACCUAGCUGGUGUUUCACAUAAGGUGGAUGUAAGACUUGGACUUGCAGUGGAUUCCCUAGAAUCUUUAAUAUUGAACGGUGAAUCAGGCAGUUAUGAUUUUGCAUUUAUUGAUGCUGAGAAAAGGAUGACUGAGAAAUAUUUUGAACUGCUACUGCAACUGGUGAGGGUUGGAGGUCUUAUAGUAAUUGAUAAUGUUCUUUGGCAUGGGAAAGUUGCUGAUCCACUGGUAAAUGACCCAAAAACUAUCAGCAUUAGAAAUUUCAAUCGAAAGUUAAUGGAAGACAAGCGUGUAAGCAUCAGUAUGGUAUCUAUUGGAGAUGGGAUGACAAUAUGCAGAAAAAGAUGACCCAGUUUUCAUCGAUUUAUUGAUAUAUUCUGUGCAAUUUUGGGUUGAUGCUUCGGCGGAAAGCAAAUACUUGAUUCAAACAAAAAUCAAUUGAUUUUCAUAGAAAUGGAGAUGUGGCAAGGUCUAUUCUGCUAAGGCUCAUUUGUGAAGGAUCUGAAGAACCAUUUUGGCUCCAUAGCGAAUGGAGAGAUAUGAAUGCAUGUAAUUUCUUCAUUGCUUUUACCCCCAAAAUGUUGUAGCUUUUUACACUAACUUCUUAAUAGCAUGGAAUUCAGUUAGUUACUACCCUUGGAAUCACAUGGAUUGUAGAUUGAAGAGAAACUUAUUCACAAUGGAACCGAGAAUGAGUGUUAAAUUGAUAGAAAA